UUAUAAAUUUGGAUUUACCAUUGAGGAGCAGCAGCAUCGCCAAGAGAAGAGAGAUGAGAAUGGAAUUGUUAUGGGCGAGUUUGGUUUUAUCACGGCCGAUGGAAUUUAUCAUGUAACUGUGUAUGCCACUGAUGAGAAUGGCAAGUUCCACAUUGUAUCUAUGAAAAACUAUCCAUAUGCGGGUCCCAUCGCCAAGUCGCAACCCGCAGCUGCAGUUGCAACAACGACACAGCGAACUAAAGCACCUCCAGCAUCACAAAGGCCCAGUUUUAAUACUGCUGCCUGUUCGGGCUGUUUUCUGCAUCAAAAUCCACCGGAACCGCCGGUAGCACCAUCAUCCUCAGUGGCAGGCGGCGGCAAUCGCAGUCCCAAAACUGAGAUACGUCCGCUGUCGCUGUCGCUGCCGAUCGCCCCCUCUGGGCUUGUCGCUCAGCAAGGUCCACCACCAUUCGUUAAGCCGAAACAACAACCCGGAUUUAGCAGCUCACCCAGUUUCAAGCCAUCAGUUGGCAGCGCGGGGCAGCAGCCCGGAUUUAACAGUUCACCCAGCUUUAAGCCAUCUGUGACAGCAACGAACAAGCAGCAGCCACAGGGCCCCCAACAAUCAACAGACAGCAGCAGCUUAGCCGGUUUCAAGCCAACAAUUGGCAACGCCGGCGCCGCAGGGCUACCAACUUCAUCGGGAAAUAAACCACAACAACAACGACCAAUCAGCGGCAGUUUCCCAAUACAAUCGAAUACACCAACCAAAACAGGAGCAGCCGCAGGACUUACAGGCGAUCUGUACAAAUUCAAGUAUCUCUUGGAUUACAACGGGCAUGAGGAGACCGGCGCUCGCAAUGGCGACAAGCAAGGAAAUUACUUUGCAAUUAGCGACGAUGCCAUUGCGCAUACAGUUGAGUAUAUUGCCAAUGAGUUUGGCUUCCAGCCCCAUAUUACCUGGCGCAAACUGGAGGGCAAUGAGGCCACACUGCCCGAUGAGAACACUCUGAAGCACUACGAGUUCAAGUGGUUUAAUCAGGAAUAAUAAUAAUAAAUGCUCUAUAAUAAUAAUUAGU